AUGCCCCCGCCUGGUUCUCUUGUAACUAGGACACCUCCGCCUGGGUUUUUAAUCAUCAGUGGCAGGAGAUGGAAAAUCAAAACGUAUAGAUACAUAGUUUUGUUGGUUACGUUCGUGGCAUACGUAUGUUUCCAUGCUUCCAGAAAACCUACUGGCAUUGUUAAGAGUGUACUGUAUCCGGAACCCAAUGGCCAUAUCAUCAAGCUCAAACCCUGGCCCAUGGGGGAGGUGUUCGUUAAGGAUCGGGGCAUUGUUGGUGGGAAGAAUAAGGGUUGGGCCCCUUUUAAUGAACCUGAUGGGACUUCGAAAUUAGGCGAAAUUGAUGUUGCGUUUCUCGCAUGUUAUUCAGUGGGAAUGUACGUAUCUGGGCAUUUGGGGGACACUCUAGACCUUCGUUUGUUCUUGACUAUGGGGAUGAUUGCAAGUGGAGUAUUCGUUGGGCUUUUUGGGAUGGGUUAUUUCUGGAAAAUUCAUGCUUUCUCGUAUUAUCUAAUUAUGCAAAUGAUUGCUGGAUUGUUUCAAGCAACGGGUUGGCCUUCUGUUGUUGCUGUGAUUGGUAAUUGGUUCGGCAAGAGGAAGAGAGGAUUGAUAAUGGGUGUUUGGAAUGCUCACACUUCAGUUGGUAAUAUAAGUGGCUCUCUUCUUGCAGUUAGCGUCUUGAAAUAUGGGUGGGGCUGGUCUUUCAUCGUACCAGGAGCUUUGAUCAUAUUUGGAGGAUUAUUUGUUUACUUGUUCUUAACUGCUUAUCCAGAGGAUGUGGGAUUUACUUCGAUUCAUGGCUCAGAUUCGGAUCUAUUAGCAGCAAUGCAUCCUGAUGAAGAAGCUCAGAUAACGAAAGGGGAAGUGACAACCGUCGCUUUCUCGCCGGGGUCACUACGUACCUUGAGCGGUGCUUCAGUACGUACGAAGAGUGUUGGGCUUCUUGAAGCAUGCUUUAUCCCAGGGGUUAUACCAUAUGCCUUGUGCCUUUUCUUCGCCAAGCUUGUUGCCUACACGUUUCUCUAUUGGCUACCAUUUUAUCUGAGUCAGACAGAAAUUGGUGGAGAGUAUGUCUCUGUUGAAUCUGCUGGCAAUCUCUCUACUUUGUUUGAUGUCGGGGGUAUAUUUGGAGGUGUUCUUGCUGGUUACAUAUCUGAUAAACUCAAUGCCCGUGCUACCACUGCGGCCAGUUUCAUGUAUGCUGCAAUUCCUGCUAUGCUUUUAUACCGAAUCUAUGGAAGUAUUUCUAUGAAUGUUAACAUUGCACUUAUGAUCGCCACUGGAUUGCUUGUGAACGGCCCUUAUGCGCUUAUCACUACUGCUGUUUCUGCGGACUUGGGAACACACAGUUCUCUUAGAGGAGAUUCUCGAGCUCUAGCUACAGUGACUGCCAUAAUAGAUGGCACUGGAUCAGUUGGUGCGGCUCUUGGUCCUCUUCUCACUGGGUUCCUUUCAACAAUGGGAUGGAAUGCUGUUUUUGCUAUGCUAGCGCUUGGGGCUUGUAUCGCUGGGCUUCUUUUAUCUCGUUUGGUCGUAGCUGAAAUUGCAGAAAGAAGUCGCAGGCCAGAACCUGUAUCCAUUGGGCAGCAAAAUCCUGGGGGUAAAUGUUCCCCCUAUUAA